GAACAAGAAAGACCCAAUAAUUCAAGAAUGAUGAAGCCCAAAGUAUGAGUCUUCUUGCUUCUUGGGCCGAACCGAACUGAACUGAACUGAACUGAACUAAAGCUAAACUAAAACUAAAGUUGGUACGGUUCCUUCUCUUCUCUCUCUCUCUUUCUCCGUCUGUCGCUGUCUCUCUCGUCCUCUCCUCUGUUUCGUAGCUUCUGCAGCAGAUCUCUCUUUGUCCUUCUCUCUCCCUCAGAUCACUGUAAGUACACGACACUUCACUUCAUUUCCUAAUUCGAUCUGUUUCUUUUACUCUUUCUCGAUUUGCUUCCAAUCUUGAUCUCUUUUCUCUUUCUAUAUCGAGCUUGAUCUGACUCAUUCUUUAUUAUAUACUUCUCUUCUCGAUUCCUUUUUUGUGAAAAAAACAUCUUUAAAAUUUCAUUUUUGUUAGUUGCUUCGUGUCUUGAUUAGUGUUGUUCUUGUAAUAAAUGUUGUGAUCUUAUAUUCAUUCUAGGGUUUUGUGUGUGUGUGUAUGAGCUUAAUUUCAUACAGAACAGUGAAAUCUUAGACUUUCGAUUAGAUCGUUGACUUUUAUCUGAAUUAUUGGAAUUUAGGUUAUUGAAUCAGUCUUUAGGUUAUUGAUCAAAAUGAUUUACUUCAGAGAAGAUUGUCUCAAUAAUUACUAACACAGUGGUUGAUUAUUGAUAAUGUUAUUAAUCCUGAGCUAUGUAAAUUUUGAUUCUCACCGUAUAUAUAUAUAUUGAGUGUAGAUGGCACAGCAGGAAGCUAGUCCUUCCCCUGGUGCUGAGGUUGUUGGUCGUGCCUUUGUGGAGCAAUACUAUCAUAUUCUUCACCAAUCUCCCGGUUUAGUUCAUCGGUUUUAUCAAGAUUCGAGCUUUUUAACCCGACCUGAUGUUACCGGUGCUGUGACUACUGUCACAACUAUGCAAGCGAUCAACGACAAGAUUCUGUCGUUGAAAUAUGAAGACUACACGGCUGAGAUAGAAACUGCUGAUGCUCAGGAGUCUCAUGAGAGAGGUGUUAUUGUGCUGGUUACAGGACGCUUAACCGGGAACGAUAAUGUUAGGAAGAAGUUUAGUCAAUCUUUUUUCUUGGCUCCACAAGACAAAGGAUACUUUGUCUUAAACGACGUGUUUCGAUUCCUUGAGGAGAAAGAGGUGACUGCACAAGCCCGCUCUGUCCCCAUCAAUGGAACCACUAGGGAUGUUCAGGCUCCUAUUGAACCAGAACGUGUUGUUGUUAGUCACGAGCCCGAGGUAGAACCCGAGCCAGUUGCUUCUAUCGAGGAAGAAGAUCUUGACAAUGUGGCGGAAGUGUAUGAUCCUUCUGAUAAAGAUGAAGGAGUUGUUGUUGACGUUGAGCCUAUUGAACCUCCCACUCAAAUAAGUCAUAAUGAAAUCUUAUCAGUGCCUCAAGGAGAUGCUCCUAAGCAUUCUUAUGCUUCAAUCCUCAAGCAGAUGAAAAGCAGUCCAGCACCAACAACACACGUUGCUAGAAACAAGCCAAGACCAGCUCCAGUCAACCAGAAGCUGACCGCGCCUCCUGCUGAGCCUGCAGCAAGACCCGAGGCUUCAGCUCAUGAGAAUGUUCCGAAUAGUAGCCAUGUUGAUGUGGAAGAUGAUGGUCAUUCGAUUUAUGUUCGAAAUUUGCCGUUUGACUCCACACCAACACAACUUGAAGAGGUGUUCAAGAACUUUGGUGCAAUCAAGCAUGAGGGGAUUCAAGUCAGAAGCAACAAGCAGCAAGGUUUCUGUUUUGGUUUUGUGGAAUUUGAAACAUCUAGCGGAAAGCAAAGUGCCCUCGAGGCCUCACCAGUUACAAUUGGAGAUCGUCAAGCUGUUGUAGAGGAGAAGAAAACAAAUAGUCGAGGAGGAGGCAACAAUGGAGGUAGCAGGGGAAGGUACUUUUCCGGAAGAGGAAGUUUCCGAAAUGAAAGCUUCAAAGGAGGACGCGGUGGUGGGGGAAGAGGAGGCUAUGGAAGAGGAGGAGGUGAGUUUUCUGGUAGACCAAAGAGCUCAAACCCACGAAAUGGAGGAGAAGGUUACCAAAGGGUUCCUCAAAACGGAGGAGGUGGAAGAGGAGGCCGCGGAGAAGGAGGUCGUGGUGGAGCUCGAGGUGGUGGUUCAUCUUGACUUUGCUUUUAACGCUCCUCUACAAGAGAGUAGUUUUAAUUUUUGUUUUGCGUCUUUCUUUUUGCCUACUACUUGAGUUGAUGUGGUAUUGGCUUUUUUGUCGGUCUAGUUUUUCAAUAUUCUUGCUUUUUUUCCUCUCUUUUUUGUUUUUCAUCUUUCAAUCUUUCUUUGGGGUAAUGUACUCUUCAUAAACAAACAUUCAAUUUCAUAAGGAAUCCAUUAUAGAGUUGUGUUCUUUACGCAGAGAUGUUCUUACUCUUCGUUUUGAAGUUAAAGUGAGCAGAAGUGAA